AUGAGAACUCUGCGCUGGUUGGUCUCGGCUCAGAAACUGUGUGCUUCAGCAAGAUGGCUGUCUGGGGUAGAAGCGAACAAACCACAGGUUAAACUCGUGCGUAUGGUCCACUCAUCGUUCACACCUGCCCCACCUAAGGCUAAUGAUACCCCCAAAGCUGUAACUCCCUUUGAGGAGCACUUUUCCCAACAACAGAAGGACAAGAACUCGUUUGUCAAGGUGCUGAACCUGUUCUGUGGCCGGGAUGUCCGGAGGAGAGGACACGUGGAGAUGAUCGAGGCUGCUCUUAGAUGGAUGCCAGAAUUUGGGGUGGAGAAAGACCUGCAGGUUUACAACAAAAUCCUCGAUGUGUUUCCCAAAGAGGUCUUUGUUCACCGAAAUUUCAUCCAAACCAUGUUCAACCAUUAUCCCCGGCAACAAGAGUGCGCCAUCAAGGUGCUGGAUCAGAUGGAGACAUACGGUGUUGUUCCUGACAAGAACACCAUCUUCCUGCUGACGCAAACAUUUGGGAAGCUUAGCCAUCCUGUGAAGAAGUACCGCAGGUUAAUGUACUGGUUCCCCAAGUUCAAAUAUGCCAACCCUUUCCCGGUGCCGGCGGGUAUAGAGGCCGACCCUGUCGCUAUGUCAAAGCUGUGCCUGGAACGCAUGGCAGCCGACAAGGAUGGCCAUAUCACUGUGUACCAGCUGCCAUCAACAGAGCAGUGUGAGGAUGGGACGGUUAUAGAGCGCACACAUCUUGUGGGUAAGUACCUAUGCUUCAUAAAGCCAUGGCAAUGA